GGCACAGCGCGAAGCCGGGGGGCUGCCAGUCCCAGGCCCGCUGCCACGUCUGCGGGCCGGGCUGCGGGUAACGGCUCCAACGGCCCUAACGGCCCCGGGGCGCUGAGGGGGGCGGCGGGGCGGCCAUGGCGGCUGUGCUGCGGGCCGUGCUGCUGGGCGCCGCCGUGCUGCGCUGCGCCGCCGCCGCGCUCAUCCCCGCGGCCGAGGUGGAGGUGGAGGUGCUGCAGAAGCCGUUCCUGUGCCGGCGGCGGAGCAAGUGGGGGGACCUGCUGCUGGUGCACUACGAGGGCUUCCUGCAGAGCGACGGCGCCAUGUUCCACUCCACUCACAAGCAUAACAAUGGCCAGCCUAUGUGGUUUACACUUGGCAUAAGGGAAGCUAUCAAAGGCUGGGACAAAGGCUUGAAGGACAUGUGUGUGGGAGAGAAGCGGAAGCUAACUAUUCCACCAGCCCUUGCUUAUGGAAAAGAAGGGAAAGGAAAAAUUCCACCUGAGAGCACGCUGAUAUUCAACGUCGACCUUCUAGAAAUUAGGAAUGGACCAAGGUCUCAUGAAUCAUUCCAAGAGAUGGAUCUUAACGAUGACUGGAAACUGUCCAAGCAAGAGGUGAAAAUUUACUUGAAGAAAGAAUUUGAAAAACAUGGAGCAGUGGUAAAUGACACACAGCAUGAUGCUUUGGUUGAAGACAUAUUUGAUAAAGAGGAUGAAGACAGCGAUGGGUUUAUAUCUGCAAGGGAAUUCACGUACAAGCACGAUGAGCUCUAGAGAAGGGUGACACAAUUUUUUUGACACAAAUGGCAGUGACUUAGACUGUCUGGUUCUCUUGUCAUCUUGAUUCUGUGUUUUGGAAUUGACAGCUGCUGUCGGCAAAAAAAAACAACCCAACACUAUGUAUCAAAAGAGAAUUUCUGUUGUUUAUAUAAAAAUGAUUUAAACUAUUUGUAAGUAUGAAAAUGUACUUUUGUGCAGCAAAGAUUUGCACAUUCCAUGUUUUUUAAAUUUUGUAUUAACUUAUUUUUUAGAAAUGAAACCAGAUUUCCACUUUGCAAACAUUUUGAAAAUCAAAAUCCGGUUCAGUGCCUUUCUGUGAUUUGUUUGCGCGUUGAGAUCACUUUCAGUGACUUUUAUGUCCGAAUUCUGGUCUGUGGCUUAAGGUUAAUUACUUUUAACCUUCCUUCUCAUGUGUCAGUGCUUGAAAGGCAGUUUGCUGAUCUUGCUUUUUUCUGCAGCUUUGGAAAAGCUAUACUUGAAAGCAUCAACAUCUCCUAACGCAGCUGAGAAACUGAUACAAAGCUGAAUGAGAGGAAUGUCUGUCCUGUGCUGCUUCUGCUUUUCUCAAGGGAGAGUGUUAUCAACUGUGUCAAUAAUUGCAUGUUUUUUUUCAUUAUGUGAACAAAGUAGGGGGUAAAUGUCACUUUUUCAUUUUUAGUAUCAGGAACAUUCUAGGAAAUAACUGCAGUUUGGAAAACAGCAAGUUAUGCUGCACUGCGGGGGUGGUGUCCUUUACAUACCUACAUAAACACAUUGUUUUUGAAACUCAGUGCUUGUGUUCACAAAGAAAAAAUAAUCCUUGUCCUCAAGUUUUAAGGAUAUCUAAAAGUGUUGCAAAGCUGAAGCUUUUCCCCAUUUUCAGAAGAGAAAGAGCGUUCUAAAUGGAGGGUUGGUAUGUCCUGAAGAAAGCUGCGUUGCUUACCUGCUUUGCUACUGCCUGAAUUGCAGAACUUGUCUCAUCCUUACACCUUUGCUGUAUUUUCACAAGUUAAGCACAGAAAUUAUUUGAAUUUUAAGUAAUAAAGUGAAGUUUUGAGGCAUGAGGUAAACACUACAGUGCUGCAUCUUCAUCUUCAAUGAGGAUUUUAAUUCCAUCUCGUUUGUUUGAACCCUCUCUGGAGAGAAAGAAGCUUAGCCAUCAUCCAUGGGCUCCUAAAUGAGAGGCUGAGGUAUUUCUUGGAAGGAAUUAAAUUGUAUUCUGACACCUCUAAUAGGGGUUUCUGGACAUGGUACUUUAAAAAAAAAAUAAAAUAAAAAAAUUCCCGAGGCUAACCAAGGCUAAAGAGGGACAAAGGCAAAUCUAGUUAUAUAAAAUCAGUGCUGAUGGAUUGUGCUAAUCCCUAACUAGUGCCAAGUGGGGCUCUGCCUUCCAGGUUCUCUAUACAGCAGAUGAGCCAGUUGUUCUCCCUGCCACCUAGUGUUGAAAGUAAGCAUUAGAAGACUGCUUUAUUAGACUUGAGUUGGACAUCAAGGAUUGCUGUAAACAGUGAUUGAUUUUCUGGGGAAAAAAAGUGUAAGUGAAGGUAUGCGAGACUGAAAUCUGCAUUCUUCCAGCAUCUGGUAUUUUGUGGCCAGUGACCUACGUGAUGUGGAGUUGUGGUCACAUAUUUUGUUUUCAAGAACUCAGUCAUGCCAUCUAGUCUGAAACCCAUUUAUACUUUCUCUCCCACAGUGUUCUAUGGCAGUGAGUUUCACAGUAGAACAAUGUAGGAUGGUGCUUCCCUUUGUUUUUGUGCUCAGUGCUUAUCCUGGUUCUUGUGAGGAAAUAAUAAAUAAGCAUUUAAAUCUUCUUACCAGUCAUAAUUUUGCAUGAAACUUUUUUUUUUUUUUUUUCCUCAUCACUGGCAAAUUCAGCUUGCCUAACAUUGUGAGCUGGGUGUCUUGAUUUCUAAAGUCACUAGAGCACUAGGCACUUGGCAGCAGCUCAUCACAUUUAUAUUGUUGGUGUGGGUCAGGAUAGAUGCUUGAUCGAGCAGAGGUACCUGUCUUUCUCCAUUAAUGACGUGGGGAGCCUAGACAAUUCCUGCAACUGAGGCCAAGGAUGGCAAAUGGGAUAUGAAGGUGGCCCUUAGGGCAGCCUUGCUUAGGAUGCAGGAGCCAGCUGGUAACAACCAACCAAAUUGGAAAUGCUGUGUGUACUCUGCUGGGGAGAACAGAACUGAGACUUGGAUUGGGUCUGCAAUGUUUAGCAUAUUCUCUGAACACCUGUCUGGGAAAUUAAAACAUAAAGACAUGAGAUAAAACUUGCCCCUGAUCACCAGACAAAUAGUUAAACCUUUUAAAUGGAUGCUAGUGUGCCUCUUCAGUGAGGACCAAGUGUUUCCUUGGUAUUAAGUACGAGUUGGGAGGCAGAGAAUACUGUGAAAUGUACAUAUGCAUUAUCUUAGAUUUUUAAAGUAUUUCAUAAAAAUGGCUUCCAGUAAACGUGUACCAUAGGCAGUUUGUACCAGCAGACUAUUAAAGCUGCAAGACUGAAA